AUGGCUUCCGUCAGCUCCCGGCGUACGCCCUCGCACAAGGAGAGGCAGACGCACAAGAGACAGGAAAAGCAGGAAAAACAGAAACAGGAACAGGCCCAGGCCGGCCACGCCGCGUCCGAUCCCGACUCCGAUUCCGACCCCCAACUCCUAAUGGAAGCUCGAAACGAGCAGAACAGGACCGCCGUGCUUCUCCGCCUCCUCGUCAUCCGCGCCUUCAACGCUUACUGGGUCACCACCUUCUUUCAGCCUGAUGAGUACUUCCAGGCCCUCGAGCCUGCCUGGCAGAUGGCCUUCGGCCCAGGCGCCGGCGCCUGGCUGACCUGGGAGUGGCAGCACCAGCUUCGCUCCUCGCUGCAUCCCGCCCUCUUCGCCGCCGCCUACUGGCUGGCCGAUCAAGGCGCCCGGCUUCUGCCCGUCUGGCUCGACGCCCGCCCCAUUCUUCUGGCCGCCGCUCCGAAGGCUGCCCAGGCUGCCUUUGCCGCCGCCGGCGACUGGUGCACAUGGCAGCUGGCCGUCCGUCUGUUCGGACCCGACACGAGUGCCUCCUGGUUUGCCCUAUUCAUGAGCAUGUGCAACCCCUUCCAUUGGUACUGCUCGACACGCACCUUUUCCAACUCUCUCGAGACAACGCUCACCGUUGCGGCCCUCAACUACUGGCCCUGGGAAUUGUUUGCGGAGCAUGAGUCGGUCAAAGAGAACCCCAAAGGUCCUUCAACCAUGCUCAAGAGUGUCAAUGGUCUCCGCCUCUCGCUCGUUCUCGCCGCCAUCGCCGUGACGCUGCGUCCCACCAACAUCAUCAUCUGGCUCACCGUCAUCAUCACCACAUUCGCUACAACUCUUUUUAACCCCAAAUCCGUCGUCACGUCGAGCAUCUAUGCUGUCGUCAUUCGCGAAAUUAUUCUUUGCGGUGCGCUUGUCCUUGGCUUGUCUCUCGUCUCGGAUCGCCUCUGGUUUGGCCAGUGGACGCUGCCUGCCUACAAGUGGCUUUACUUCAACAUCUCACAAUCCCUCGCCGUCUUCUAUGGCCGCAAUGACUGGCAUUACUACCUGUCUCAAGGCAUCCCUCUCCUUGCGACAACCUUCCUCCCCUUCGCCCUUGCCGCCCUCUACAAGGUCCCCUCUACAGGCCUCCGUGUCACAGACCUCACUCUCCGCACGCUUGCCGCCUCCGUCUAUGCCAUGAUCGCCACCCUCUCCCUCAUCUCACACAAGGAGGUCCGCUUCAUCUACCCUCUGCUACCAAUGUUGCACGUCCUUGCCGCACCUCUCGUAUCCUCCUUCUUCACAAAACCCGCCCCCGCGCCGACGAAGGAAAAACCGCUGCCCCGCCCGACUCUCGCCCGAAGACCCCUCGUGUACAUAGGCCUCCUGCUCAACGCCACACUCGCAGGCUACCUUUCCAUCUUUCACCAGCCCGCUCCGCUGCAGGUCCUCGAUCUGUUGCGUGCCGAUUUCGAGCGCGUCCACCCCGGCCCAGCCUCCCUCCUGCCACCCUUUCCAAAAGUCCUUCCUGCCGAGGCAGAGGCAGACCCGCUGUACGCGCUCUUCCUCACGCCGUGCCAUUCGACCCCGUGGCGCGCCCACCUCGUUCACCCCGCCCUUCGCGCCCGCGCCUUGACGUGCGAGCCGCCGCUGCACACGGCGCCCGACUCCCCCGAGCGCCUCUCUUACCGCGACGAGGCCGAUCGCUUCUACGACGAUCCCAUCGGCUUCCUCGGCCGCGAGCUGUGGCCCACAGAGGGCGAGGCAUCACCCGUCCCGCGCUACAUCAUUGGCUUUGAGGGCAUAGAACCAUGGAUCACCGACUUCUUCGCCGCCAACGAGCACCUCGACGUCCACCCGCGGCGCGUCUGGUCGGCCUGGAAACGGUCUCUUCAGCGAGACUGCGCCGCGCUGGGCGUCUCGUGGUCUGGCAGACGAGGCCCGUGA